AUGAUAACCUGCGUGCUGAUGAUGCUUGGAUCCGGCCCUAAUAGCAGCGACUGCGACAGGGAAGGCUACUACAGCGAACUGGCGAAGUGCACGCACGCGGGAUCACCCAGUACGAGAUUGCGCACGCGGGGUCACCGGCCGAAAGUCACGCACGCCAGCAAAUCAGUCGCCGCCCCUUUUCCUUCGCACGCCUCCCUCCGCAACCUUCAUCCGCUCAUCGCGGCGUACCCGUCCCGUCCGCCGCGAGUUCGCUUAGAUCGGCGCUGGGUCGUCGCGUGGAUCAAGCGCCUCCUCCGCGUCAACAAGACCGGGCACAGCGGCACGCUCGAUCCCAAGGUCACCGGCAACCUCAUCGUCUGCGUCGACCGCGCCACCCGCCUCGUCAAGUCGCAGCAGGGCGCCGGCAAGGAGUACGUCUGCGUCGCGCGCUUCCACGCCGCCGACACCGCCCGCGCGCUCGAGGCGCUCACAGGCGCCAUGUUCCAGCGCCUCCCGCUCAUCUCCGCCGUGAAGCGGCAGCUCAGGGUGAGGACUAUCUAUGAGAGCAAGCUGCUCGAGCACGAUGCCGAGCGACACCUUGCCGUGUUCUGGAUCUCCUGCGAGGCCGGGACGUAUGUCAGGACGCUCUGUGUCCACCUUGGCCUGUUGCUCGGUGUCGGCGCGCAUAUGCAGGAGCUGCACCGCGUGCGAUCAGGGAUCCACGGGGAGCAGGAUAACAUGGUCACAAUGCACGAUGUCAUGGAUGCGAGGCAGGAGUUUACUUCUGAGAUCCCUGAUGCUCUGAAUAAACUUAACACAUACUUUGCCUUAAACCCAAGGCAAACAAUUGGUCCAUAG